AACACGUUAUCCCCGUCCCCUGGCUAGCCCGCGAGCCUCGAGGAGCAGAAACCCAGCAUUCCCGCGCUUUGGUUGUGGCGACGGCGGUCCUCGGGUGCACGGGGCCAUGGAGGACAGUUUGGAGGACUUAGUUGAAAAGUGCACGGCACAAAAAGUGCCAGUAAGACUGCCUGCAUAUCGUGCUCUAGUGCAGAAAUGUACAGAAUCAGAUGAAGUUGUUUGGAGUGAUUAUGCAUCUCAGGAUGACACACAGAAAACAUUAUCCAACUUGAAAACAGAUCUUUUUAAUGAAAAUUGUGAUAUCAGUUAUGAAGCUGCAGGACUCUGUGGAUGUCUUUUAGCAAAUGAGACUUUUCGUAGUCUACUAACAAAGGAAAAUGAAGGCCAAGCAUUGGAUAUGUUGAUUAAAGCUAUAGGUGAAACCAAGGAGAAGAAAGUACUCACCAGAACAUUAUGGAGUUUGGGGAAGAGCAGAUUAAGCCAAGAAGUGUAUAUAGAGAGACUAAAGAAGAUACUAGAGACUAUCAACAAUGUGCUGAAGGUUGAAGAUGGAUCUGCAGUAGCAGUUCUUGAAGCUCUGCAAGUUGUUGAGUCAUUGUUGAAGUUAAUCCCUGAUGAAAUGAACAAAGAAAUUAAGGAAUGGUUCCCUAAUGUCUUUGUCUUUUUGUUUCAUGAUGCCAUGAGAGUUCGUAUGUCUGCAUUUGCAUGCAUAUCCAUCGGUAGAUCCUUUUUAAUAACUGAGGACUUAAAAUCAGAUAUCCUAAAAUUGAUAAUACCAGACCUCAAAGCUAAGCAUUGUAAGACUAUGAAUCGACUCAUAGGAGCAGAAUGCGCUGAUGUAUUGAAAGAAUGGAGACUCAUUGUUGAAAUUCUUGGAAAAGAACUUCACCCAGGAACUUCUCUUAUCAAUGGGUUACUAGAAGUUGUGGAGAAAGGAUUCAAGAGCGUUAAGGCAGAGAUAAGGAUUGAGGCAUUUAGAUGUUGGCAGUCUCUUAUUGAUAAUUUUUCACUUGAUGAAGCCGUCCUUACACACUCGAAGAGAUUGAAGUUACUCUUAGCUCCUCUUAAGGCUAAUAAUGCAAAAACUGAAGAUAUAGCCUUAGCAAAGUUACUGUCUUGGUGGCAUCUUGUAUGUAAAUUAGGUAAAAAAGCAACUAGCAAUUUUGACUUGGUAAUAGCACCUCUUCUAAGAUUCUGCUUUGGGUGUGGGGCACCAGCAAGUGGUGCUGCAUCUGGUCUGUCAGAGAGGAAUCUGAUCAUGUCAGGAGCUGCAGCUUCACCGGGAAGGAAAUUUUCUGGCCUUCAUGUAACUUGUGCGGAAAUUCUAGGACAGAUACUUUCAACUGGAUUAAAUAUUUCAGGACUUCAACCAUUCUCCUUUACAACACCAAUCCUAGAAUAUCCUGUGAUACCAAAUCAAGUGAUAUUUAUCAGAAAUUAUCAGUUUUUUAUGAGCUGUGUUAAGGAAGCAGUACAAAGUCUUAAUUCUCAAGAAAGGAAGCAGUGUCUCCUUGGCAUAUUCUUGUUUCAAUCCGUCCUUGCCCACUUGAGAGUAGUUAUUACGACAGAUGUCAGUAAAAAGGACUCUGUAGAACCAGUUAAAGAACUGUUUACAAUUAUCACUGCUCUAGAAAGUCAGUGUCGUCCAGGAGACUCUCAAAGCCAGUUUGUGUACAAGUUCCUAGAACUGGUUAUCGUUGGAUCCUUGGGACUUCCAAAAACUGUGCUAAACUCACGUCAAUAUCACAUUUCAACUGGAAACACAAUGAGAGACAUGAUGAGUGGGACUUUGAACAACUAUUUGAUCCAUGAACUAUGCAAACCCACUUUAUUGCAUUAUGCUACAUCAAGGGAAGGGUAUUUUACAAUGUGGCUAGAGGUACUGGCUAAUAGUAGGCCAGCAACAGGGAAGCUUGGACUACUUCAGUCUGUAGUGAAGGAGCUGGAUGCUGCUGCCCCAGUUUUGUGUCCUGCACACCCAAAUACCUUAGCAAGACUUUGGUCAUCUGUUGUCAAUCAGCUUCUGCAGCAUAUUGAAGAGACUCAGGUGAUUGAUCAGGGUGAUGGUUCAGAACAUGACUGGAGCUGUAUUUACAGUGUUUUGAUGUUCCCCCUAAGACACUCUAUUGAUGCCUUAAACUCUGCUGAAAGUCAUGUCUACCAUCAAAUAAUGAAAGACUGGAGUGAACUGUGGCAGAAGUUCAUUGAGCUCACACCUUUAGCAACAACAGCUGAGCCUAACAGUGAAGUAGAAUAUGUAACACAUGCAUUAGUUAGUAUGUGCACAGAGAAGCUAACUGCCCCUCCAGAUGUAUAUGCAAGCACUUACUGUCUAAUGUCUGAUGUUGUGGCUGUUCUUACUGAUAGAAUAAGAUAUUCAGAACUUAGAAAGACGUCUGUAAGAAUGGUCCAUAGUCCGGCAAAACCUCGAAAGAAGCCACAUGCAUUACAUAACUUGGCUGGAAGUGUUGCUUUAAUCGGAAUUCUUUUAAACCGAGUACUUCGGAUGGUCUCCAACCAAAGGCAGCAUGCAGCUUCUAGACUCUGUGAAGCACUUACUCAGAUCUUCAAAGGUGUUCAGCACGAAAAAAUUAUAAAUUCUUUAGUGCUACAUGUUGUUGACACUUUGGCUGCAGCCUUACAAGUAAACCCAGCUGCAAAGUUUGGAGUGGAGGUUGAAAAGAAAUUUAUUAGUAUGUUCAAGAGUUUUGGCAGCCUUUUGGAUGAGCAUUUUGGCAAGGCCAUUUCUUCAGACCAAUUUAUGAAACUGGUGCCACUGCUGACUGUUAGUCUCUCAUCAACUAACAAACAUAUCAAGCAGGAAGCAAAAAGAAUAUGGAGGAAUAAUUUCUCAGAAAUCAAACAGGAUAUUCCUUCAGAAUUAUUUGAACGAUUAAAGGAAUGCAGUUUACCACCAGCAAGCUUAACUGACCCACAUGAGGAUGCAGAAGAAUCCUUGAGCUUGAGUCCCAAAGAGAAUGUGCCCACACACAUAGCUGGAAGUUUUCUGAAUAGAGAAAUGGGACAAGAAGUUAUGCACAAAAUUACUCCGAAGGGCAAAUCUCAGAAAUUUGAGACACCCAAGUCUUUGAAAGGAAGUCAGGGCACCCCUAUUAUAAAAGAUAAAAGUAAAAGAAAAAUUAACCUUGAGGAUAUGAAUGAUGAGGAGUUUGUUAAAGUGUCGUCUCCGAAAACAUCACGCAGAGUCUUGACAGAACAUCAGAUAGAAAGAAUGACAGAAAGGAGGUCAGACAUCCCAGCACUGUACUCAGACCUCUCACAGUCUAUGUCACAAGCAGUAUUGCCUACACAAUUUUCUUCUCAGAAUUCCUUUGAAGAAUCAUCAUCUGUUAACACUGAAAAAUCAAGAGAAAAGAAACUAGAUGAAGCAGGUCAAAAAGCUGCAAAAUCAGUGCAAGAAGAAGAAAGAGAGGAUGAUAAAAAAGAAGAAAAAGAAGCCAAUAUUCAGAACAAUCCUGGAGAACUGUCUUUCAGUGGCUUGUUCCCAUCAGAAAACCAAGAGCCUGAAAUAUCCAAGGAAUCAGAAAAGAAAUCUGAAAGAAACACCAAAGCAAAAUUUGAGAAGCCUAAGCCUAAAACCAAAAAGAAAUUCCAACAGGAAGCCAGAGCUGAAGAGGUUGACAGUAUUGUUACAGACAAUGUGGAGGACACUCUGAAGAGCAGGACUGUAGAGGAAUCCAAAGAUCUUAGUAAAGCAAAGGCUGAUGAGAUAAAUGGAGGGGAAAGUAUAAAGGAUCAAGAAUCUUCAGCAAAGAAUAAUACAAAGAAAGGAAAAGGUGUCAAAGAAAGUGUAGAAGAUAGAAAGACUCGAAGCAAGAGCAAAGAAAGUUCAGAUACAGAUGAAAGAUCCAUAUCCAAAGAGUCAGAGGGCAGAGAAUCUUCCACUGUGGUAAAAAAGGAGAUAACGAAACCAGUCAACAAAGCUGAAUCUAAAAGAAAGAAUGAUACAAAGAGAAGAUACAUGAGUGGAGAGAGUGACUAUACCGAUGAAGACUUGGAUGAAGAGCUCAGGAAGACUUCAAUUGAGCUUCAGAGGUCAUUAGACAGCAUGUCUUCUGAUUCUGGGGACUCCUCAGUUACUGAACAAAAUCGAAGAAAAUCUCAAACUCCAGUAAAAAAGACAGUCGAAGAUGUCAGGAAGUCAUUGAAAGGAAAGGUACAGAAAAAUCACACGGAUGAACAAGUUUCAAAUCUGUCUCUUUCUCCUUCAACAAUACAUAAAAGAAUAAACUUCAAGGAGGUAGCUGUAUCUCCUAGUGUAGUCAAGGAUUGUAAAAUAGUCAGUCAAAUCCCUGAAGUGAAGUUAGUCAACAAUGCAGGAGUAUUACAUAACAGAGGGAAAAUAUCUGAUAGUGAAUCAGAGGAAGAAAUACCCAAUUCACAAGUUGAAGAACCAAAACAACAAUUAUUAGUUUUCAAUAUUAUCAAUAAAGAAAAGGAGGAGACCCCUGGAAAGAAUACAGUUGGUGACAAAGAGAAUAAUGUCGGGAGAGGUCGCAGAAUUUUGCGAGCAAAGAGAAAGAGGGGGGCUGUCGAAGAUGAAAAAGAAGAAGAAGAAGAAAUAAACCCUGACAAGAGAAAAAGAGUUAGUGAAAGUGUUUCUCACAGCAUUGGAGCAAAACAGAGUUCAAGUGAGGAUUCAGUGAUUAUAAUAGAUGAAAAAGGCAGCUCAGAUAGUUCAAGUGAGAAGAAGAGUGAUGGUGGAGUCGAGGUGAAAAAUAAUGAUAAGAAUAUAAAGAGAAACAAGAAGUCAAGAUCUCAGUUAGACACAUCUCGGAAAAGUUCCCAGAGUAGUCAGAAUAGUGAAAAUCCACAUGAUUCAGAAGGUCUCCCAUCCACCCCUCCUAAAGUAACAAGAUCAGGAAGGAAAGUUGUGGCUCCAAACAAGGAUAUGCCAGAGCCUAUGACACCACCUGGAAGUGCCAGUCAGAAGAGAAGAUCAAAGUCUCAGGAAUCUCUAAGUGUAUCUUAUGUGGGAGAUGAUGUUCCAAAGGUUACAGAAAAACUGAACUCUACUUCACCUAAAGAUCAUGUUCCCUCCACAAGGAGGUCAGUGCAGAAGAAAAUAACAGAUAUGUUUGCGAAAGAUGAUGGAGAUAGUCAAGAUGUAGAUAAGGAUGAAAAUGACAGCCUUCCAGAAAUGGAGGAUAUGGAUUGUGAUACUGUACAUCCUGUCAGUGACAGUGAGAAUGAUGAAGUUCCACUUAAGAGUAUGCCCAGUGCUGCUCCUGAGAAUAUACAGAAGGAAUGUGAUACAGGUGAUAAUCAGGAAGAAUCUGUAAUAGAGAUAGAAGAAUCAAAGGUCUCAGAGGAACUAUUUGAAACUAGCUGUGUUGAAAUUUUAAAGUCAGAAGUUGAUGAGAAAACAUCUGAUAAUGGAGAAAACAGUGAAGAAGAAGUUGAGGUAGAACAAGAGAAUGAGGCUAAGAAUUCUGAGUCUGGGAAGCCUGUAGAUGUGGAUGAAUAUGAUGAUGAAGAAACUUUGGAUGCAGAUGAAGUGUGUGAUGUAGUAAAGGAGGACAAAGAAAAUGAUACAGAUAGUAAAAAAGAAAAAAUGGAUUAUGACAAAGAAAAUAGUGUUGAUCAUCAAAAAGAUAAUCAGAAUGAAAAUAAAGAAAGUAAGGAUCCUGAAGUAGAAAGUGAAAAUAUUGAUGAUAGUGGUAAAUGUGAUUCAAAGCAGAAUAUCACUGAAACAGCUGUUGAAAGUAAGGAAGAAGAAAUGGAAGACUCAGAGAAGAGAGAUGGACAGUCUGUGUCAGAAGAUCCAGUAAGUUCAUUUGAGAAUGGACAGGCACUUGAUGAAGAAAUUAAAGAAAUAGACAAAGAACCCACCAAGAAAAGUAACAAGGACAAGGACAAGGACAGAUUUGCUGUAGAGACCUUAUCAGAAAAUAAUUCUCUUCCAAGACAGCAGGAAGAUGAGUUGUCUCCUGAGAAGCCUGUGCGAUCAAAACUUUCAGCAGCUGUAGGUACCCCAGAAAGACAGAAGAAGUUUGGUGCUCUUAAGUGUGCUGGUUCAAGAGCAGCUAUGUUAGUGGCAUGUGCUAAGCAGAACAUGAAGAAUCGUGGAACCAGUGAUGGUGACUCUCCAACAAAAGCAGUUUUUGGAAGUGAUGGAACAAGAAAUCGCCUUGGUGGAUCUCCAAUUCGAAGAAGUGCACCUGGCCGGAUGUCCCCAGCCAGCACUCCACCCAACCGCAAGAGAAAGUUUGGAGACAGUGAUGGUGGGAGACCAUGGGUAAAGCAUGAACCAUCCCCUGGAGCAUCUCCCUCCACAAGUAUAUUGAAAAAGCCAGCACUAGAUGAUGUUUGUAACGACACUCCAUCACCUCCACCUUCUAAGCAGAGACGAGUUAGCUUUGCUGAUCCCCCAGUUUCUGACCGUGUGGAAAUUCCUCCUUCACCAAAGACCCUUAGGGGCUUGCGUGCGCAGAAGAGAUUAGACAUGACCAAAGCUGCAUCCCCAAUGAAAGAUGAUGAAUCACAAUCACUGAGUCAAAAUGAGUCUCAAGAGGGAGAAUCACAGGUGUCAUUUGAUUGCAGUCAGCCUCUCUAUCCCAGUCUGGUCAAUUGUACAGAGAACCUUGAUGCCAUUAUUUCGCAACUCACAUCUCCUGGACUAAUUGAUGGACUGAAGAAAGUUUUAGAAGACCUAGGGGUAACAACAGUUGGGCAGUUUUGCCAGUUGACUGAAGCAGAUGUCAACAAGCUGCCAGUACGAGCACCCAAAGUUUCUAGUACUUUAAAAGUCAUCAAGAAAUAUGAUGAAACAAAAUCAAGGGAGAGUAAAAAGAGUACAGAGCCUAACAUGGAUGAAGUGGAAGCCCAGCUGAGUCAGAUAUUUGCAGAAGAUGAUCGAGAAGAUAAGGAGAACCAACGCCCUAAUAACCAAGCAAAGGUUAAGAAAAGUAUAGACGAAGUAUCUGCUGUACUCAUGGAUGAUGUUAUUGAGGAUAGCUUAGAGAAUAUGGAGCCAGAGGAGGACAAUCAGAUUGAUGCCGACUGUAGCAAUGACUUGCCCCCAAGAUUAGGUGACGAAGAUUUGGAAGUCGAUGAUGAUGUAAUGCCCCUUGAUCCGUCUCCUGACAAUGCAGGUGAAGUAUCUGAACCAGUGAGUGCUGUUUGCAGGCAUAUCACAGAAAAUCCAUCAGCAAUUGAAGAUUUAGCAGAAAGAUUAGACUUAGAAGCCAAGAAGACUCUCUUCAGUAGUUUACUAAACAAACUGAGAUAUCCAUUUGUUAUUGGCUGUUAUUAUGAGUAUUUGAAAAACAGAGAAAGUGACACUAACACCUGAACUUUGUUAACUUUCUCCUAUUUUGAGAAAAUGUACAUCAGUAGUCCAUAUUUUUAUAUACUGUAAUAGUUUAAACAUGUUGAUCACAGUUGGGUCUCCAAUGACCUUGUGGAAGUUUUCUUGGAAUUUCAUUGUACAGUUAUUUUUAAGUUUUGUUGUUUCAGCUUUGUCUAGGCAUAUGGAUGCCCAGAGCUACCUGAAAGUCUUUUUCCUCCCACAAAAAAUAGCCUUGUAUUUGUAUUGAUGUCUGGAGUACAAAGCUUUAAAAAGUGCUUAAGUUUGUGUUUGAAUUUUAGUUAAGUGUAGCUGAAAACUAACAUAACUGAAAGUUGAAAAUUUUGAUUAUACAAUCAUAUUUACAGAUGCUUUUCACAUCAAACUUUUGAUACUCAAGAAAUUGACUCUCAGUUUCUAAAAACUGGUAUUGGUCUUAUGCGAAAAGCACCUGCUUGUAAUUAAUUUUACACUAGAAUGUAUAGAUAUUGCAUAGAAACUUGCAUUACAAGGGAAACACAGUUAACCAGAGCCAGUGAUUUUUGAGGGCCCAAUUAUUGUGUUCUCCUAUAGUUCUUUUUACAUUUUAUGUCAUCACCUGCCUAUUGCAUACAUGUUAUCGGUUAGAAGCAUUUCAUUUGUGAUAUUUCAGAAUUUUAUUUUAAAAGUCAAAGCACUGUCAUUGUUUUACAUGUAUGUAUUAUUAUUACAUUCCCAUUCAAUAAAGCUUUUAUAUGAAAA